UAAAAGCCACACGCUAACGGUGGCGCAGCAGGCCGACUGUACGGCAAAAUAUGUAGGCUAGAAGGACACAGAGGACGGCGCGACUCGGUGUAGGUGGGUUAAAUGGGAAAUCUGAUGGGCAGUUUGCGCUACAAGGAGCCGAGAACUGUGGAGGAAUGUGACUCGACAUGGGAGUCAGACUCGGAAAGCGACGAGCAGCCGGGUGAUGAGGACAGCGGGAUAUCGGAGUGUGUCAGCCGGUUCGAGACAGGGAGAUGCGGCGAACAGGCGGACAUGUCCCCGAAGGUAAAUAGGCUACCAACAAACUGCCACACACACAGAAACGCAACAACACAACAGCUAUCUAUAGCAACCACACAUAAAAAAAAUAGGAAGAAGAGCAGACUGCAAUGGGCUAAAUUAGAAAAUGGAAAUAGCACAGCUGCAUAGCCGACUCGCUGAAGAUGUCAACAUCGCAGGCUAUAAUGUAAUUUUUUUGUUUGUUUGGGAAACCAAAAUCAGGAUUGUAUGUAGGCUACUAGCCUAGUUUAGGCCUAUGUCCCAAAGUAAUUGUCCUCAACGCAUAUCUUGUUGCCAUGUCUAGGCUACGUCCAAUAUCAUUGCAAGAUAUCCAAUUGAUGUGGUGGUAUGCAUUGCCACAAGUGGAUUUAUUGUAUCUAAUAGCGCAUAAUUCUAUAUCGUUCAGUUCUCACCAAAAGGUUGUACAUUGCUGUCUUGUUUUAUGUCCUCGGUUCGUGUCCUCAAUGUCCUGCGUGAACACGCGGAGUGAGAGUAGGUUAGUGUUGCAUGCAAGUGAGACAGUGACCUGAUAAAGGUGACCUAAUUUUUUUAAUAGAUAAAAUAGAAUGGGGUCUAAUAGGGGAGCACAUCUUCCUUCCUUUGUUUUGGGGCAAUGUCACAGUAUGCACAUUCCCCCAAAUAUUUGCUGUUUUCAAGUAUAGGCCUUUAGGCUUUGUAUUUUUUUUCUUAUUUUUUUUUCUGAAAAAUGAAAAAUGGCAACAACCCUACAACUUUGAUGGGAUGCAUCCAUGUUCAUAAGGAUAAAAGAGAUAAACAACAAUAUUUUUUUGUAAUGAGUCAAUUGCCUUUAUAAUACCUUGUUAUGCCUUUAUAUGGUGCAUUUUCUUCAUGUAUUCCUGACUGUGAGUGCAUUGGAAGCCUCCAUAACGUUCAAAUUGCUUUCAUGGGGAAGAAAUUGGUAGAUUAUUAUUCUACCCACACCAAAAAUAGAUAAUUCCAGUUCAGUUACGAACUCACUCAACCCAGACAUCUGCUAUGUUGUUAUGGGUUUGUGUGUCACUCAGCAAUUAUCUGAGAAGAAACCUUUUAACACCACACCCGCGCUGUUGAUAUCACUGUUGCUAUCUAUUUCAGUCAGUGUUCAUUCACUAUCUUCUUUCCUCUCCCUCUUUCUCUCAUAGCUCUCUGACUCUGACUCGAAGUCCAGCACCAAGAUGAAGAGGAGUUUUUAUGCUGCAAAGGAUCUUUACAAAUAUCGCCACAGCUACCCGGUACGAAACGCACGCACACGCACACACACACACACACACACACACACACACACACACACACACACACACACACACACACACACACACACACUAACUUCAUUUUUCCUGACUCUUCCUCCUCCUCCUCUCCCUCCCUAGAACAACAAGGCUCCCCGGCUACCUAAUGACUACCGCAACCUCCGCUUCUACCUGAACAAGAUCCCUCUAAUACCAGACGGUCAGUACACACACACACACACACACACACACACACAUACACAGAGACAAAUAGCAACACACACCCAUCGGACACACAGCAGAGUGAUACUGGCUCAGGGCUUAGAGUUUUGAUUGGCCUUGGGUCAUGUUUGAACAGAGGAGUCCAGAGGAUUAAGAGCUGAUCUACUGUUUAAACACUAGCCUGCAGACACACAGACACACACACACACACAAACAAACACACAUAUUUUAAGCUGAACCCAAACAGGGCAUGUGUGUUUUCUGUAGGUAUCUUCAUUGAGGAGAUCCUGACCAAAUGGAGAGGGAAUUAUGACAAACUGGAGCACAAUCACACCUACAUACAGUGGUAAGAUGCCCUUCGAGGUACUAUGGAUGUGUGUGUGUGUGUGUGCGUGUGUGUGUCACGUAUCAGACCUGGGUUCAAAUACUAUUUGAAAUCUUUCAAAUACUUUGAGCUGUUGCUGCCAGGAGUGCCAGAGUUUUGGGACCAAUCAAGCACAGAUUAAGUAUUUGAUAUGAUUUCAAAUAGUAUUUAUAGAAAUGUAUCUCACCCUUAUUUGCAGGAGCAGAAAGCAGAAAAGAGAACAGCAAAGUACAGUCAAUUCUUACUCUGACACAGACCUACAAAACUUAGAGACCAACAUAACACCAGGAGAAAAAACAUAGUCACACCACUGGGAUUCACAUAUCCUGCCAAUCUCACUUACUCCCUGCAGUGCCAACCUUGUUAUCUCUCGCUUUCUCUCGUUCUCUCUGUUCUGACAGAGCAGUUCAUUAGCAUAAUAUCAAUUAGUGGGUGUCUAAGCAGCAGUGAGCGUGUGCAGACGGGUGGCUGUCACUCAUUGAAUUGACUUAAUAAGAGACAGCAUUGGGAGAGAGAUGCGUGUAUAGAGGAAAAGAGGACAGAGGGGAAGAACAAGAGAAUAAAGACAGGCAAGAGAGGACAGGGAGACAUGCAUAGAAAAGUCAAGGGGAGAGAGUUAACCACACUAUUUGACAGUCUUCUCUCUCUUUCUUUAUUGCAGGCUUUUCCCUCUGAGGGAGCAAGGGCUCAACUUCUAUGCUCAAGAACUCACUCAGGAGGAGAUCAAGGUAAAGACAGUAACAGGACCACUUAACCACAUACACAUUUAGACUGCAACUUGACCAUGUGGUUUGACUGAUCUGAAAAUGUCAGUACAUCAUGUUGUACAGGAAUGUGGAAUUUUGUGGGAUCUACUCAUAAUUCCGGCUGAUCUUUGCUGUGUCCCAUAGGAAUUCCAAAGCACUCGGGAGGCCAAGCGGCGAUUUCUGCUGGCGUACACACUCAUGCUGGAUUUUUACGGGAUCAAACUCCUGGAUAAGAGUGGGAAUGUCGCCCGAGCUUCCAACUGGCAAGAACGCUUUCAGCACCUCAAUGAGUGAGUGGUACACACAGGUGUACGUUCACACACACACACACACACACACACUUUCUCUCUGGGUCUAUAGCGGAGUUGGUUUGGUGAUGAGUAACCUAUCUCUCCCUCUCUCCCCAGGUCCCAGCACAACUAUCUGCGGAUCACGCGCAUCCUCAAGUCUCUGGGUGAGCUGGGCUUUGAGGCCUUCAAGGCCCCCCUGGUGCGUCUGCUGCUGGAUGAGGCUCUGUGUCGGGGUACCCUGCCUAACAUGCUGCACAGCACCCUGGAGUAUUAUGUCUAUACCAUCCGUCUCCGCUCCCACCGCCGCAGCCUGCUCCGAUACGCCCGCCAGCACUACCAGCCGGCCAACACCUUCCUCUGGGGGCCCUCGGCCAGAAGGAGAGGAGCUGAGGCAGGGCCAGGAGGCAGGGUGGCAGAACCCACCCCAGAGAGGGAGAGGAGAGGAGGAGACCCCCAUAGGGCUUGUAGUCCACUUACGAAGAAGGACUCAGUGGGAGGGUGGGGUGGAGGAGGAGAUGGGAAGGGAACCAAGGGCUGUACCGUCUCCACCAAAACCCUCCAGGAGGGGGUGAUGGAGAGGGGUAGGGGGGACAGGGGCAAGUACAUUGAGACAGUUCCACUCUAG